AUGUAUCUUCUUCUUUCAAUCUCUCUUUUUCUCUCUCCUAUCAGUACAAUCAGCACCAGCGCUGUCGCCCAACGCGGUCUCACGGGCACGCUAGGAUCCCCACGGUCAAGCACUGUUGCAGGCGAGCCCGUCACAGACGAUUCAGAAUACAAGGCUCUUUUGGAGGCCAACCUGUCCACAGAAGCCGGUCUUAUCAUCCUCGACACACUGAACCUCUUCGCUUCAACGUUUAAGAAGGAGUUGGAGACCGGAAAGCCCUCCAAUCCGCUGUUCCAGGGCCUCAUCGAUGUCUACGUGCUCUUCUCGGAGACGACUGAUGGACUGGCCUCCCUCUGCACAGUGGGCCUUCGUGUCUCCAACCUCAACUUGCUCGCCGUCGAGGAAGGG